AUGCGGCUGGCAGGACUGAAGGCUCUGGUAAGCAGUGGAGAUGACCCGAGCGUGGCGGGAGGGGGUCCCUCUUCUGCCAUUGAUAAAAAUGAUCUCACUGCAAAUCCGCAGCAGAGACCGCUUUUAUCUUACAGAGAAACGUAUUCAUUAUUUCUGCUGACAUGGCUGUGGGUGACCGCCAAUUACGUCUUUGCACAGAGCAACAUGUGCACAUCAAGAGGUCUCCUAUGCCAUAAAGAUGCUGAAUGCAUGGGCACAGCCUCUGGAGAAUACUUCUGUGUCUGCAAAACUGGAUAUUCCGGCAAUGGAGAAACAUGUGUGGACGUUAACGAAUGCACCACCUCACUACAUCAGUGCCACCAGCAAGCCACAUGUGUGAACACCAUCGGUGGCUACAGCUGCCUCUGUAAAAGUGGUUACACCGGAAAUGGAUUUAAUUGUACUGACAUCAAUGAGUGUGCCACCACCAAUGGCGGGUGCCACGCUGAUGCAACUUGCACCAACACCCCUGGAGAUAGGACCUGCCAGUGUAAAACUGGAUUCACAGGAAAUGGAGUCAAUUGCGUUGAUGUAGAUGAGUGUAAAAAGGUUAAUUUAUGCCAUUGGAAUGCUACUUGCACAAACAGUCCUGGAUCUUAUGUGUGCACUUGCAAUGCUGGUUACAAAGGGAAUGGCAACUACUUGUGUCUGGACAUAGAUGAAUGUGCAGAGUCCCCUGGACUUUGCUCUAGAGCUUUUGGAUUCAGCGGGUGUAAAAACUUACCUGGCUCUUACCAAUGCACCUGUUCAUCGGGCUACCAGAAUACGGACAACAAAUGUGUGGAUAUUGACGAAUGUGCCGAUAAGAUCUGCAGCCCAUUUUCCACUUGCACCAAUUCCCCUGGGUCCUACAGCUGCACCUGCAAAGAAGGAUUUAAUGGGAAUGGCUUGACCUGUGUCGAUAUAAAUGAAUGCCUUACAGAAAACAGAUGCCAUGCUCAAGCCAACUGUGCCAAUUUCCUUGGUAGUUUUAACUGCACGUGCCGAACUGGUUUUACAGGCAAUGGAUUUGUCUGUUCUGACAUUGACGAAUGCUUUCAAGAUGGUAUCUGUCCUGCAGAGUCCACAUGCCGCAAUACACAAGGCUCCUAUUGGUGUGAAUGUGCUUCAGGCUAUACACUCAACCAAACUAAAUGUGUUGACAUUGAUGAAUGCAAAAUUGGACGUUGCAGUUCUUACGCAUCUUGUCAGAAUUACCAAGGAGGCUUUACAUGUUCAUGCAAAAAUGGGUUUGCAGGAGAUGGGUUAACUUGUUCAGAUAUCAAUGAAUGUGCUCAAAACAAUGGAGGCUGUCAUGCCAAUGCACAAUGCAGUAACUUACUGGGCGCCUUCAGCUGCUCCUGUGCUAGCGGGUACUCCGGCGAUGGGGUAAAACAGUGCCAAGACAUAGAUGAGUGUGCAGUUAAUAAUGGGAACUGCUUGUAUGGAGCCAUCUGCCUAAAUUCGCCUGGCUCUUAUCGAUGCCAGUGUGCCACUGGAUUCCAGUCUAUCAACAAUACCUCGUGCCAAGAUAUUGAUGAAUGUAAGACUGUAAAUGGAAUCUGUCCACUUAACGCACAGUGCUUUAAUACGUUUGGUUCCUUCUAUUGCCAGUGUAAAUCUGGCUUUACCAAUAACAAUGGACUUAGCUGUAAUGACAUUGACGAGUGCCGAAGCAACCCUUGCCACUCGCAAGCUGCCUGCACUAAUACUUUUGGUUCAUAUGAUUGCACUUGUAACAAAGGAUAUGAAGGAAAUGGUUUCAACUGUACUGAUAUAAAUGAAUGCAAGAAUGCACUUGCCUGCCAUGAAAAUGCAAUUUGCUCUAAUUUCCCAGGGGCUUACCAUUGUCAGUGUUGGCAAGGCUUUGCCGGAAAUGGCUUCCAAUGUGAAGACCUAAAUGAAUGUUCAUUAAACAAUACCUGCACCAAUGACACAGUCUGCAUAAACUCUGUCGGUGCUUAUGUUUGCUCAUGUCUGAAUGGAACCCUUUCAAUCAACGGCAGUUGUGUUUCUCCAAGCUCUGCCUGCACGCCAUCUUGCCACCCCAAGGGCCUUUGUCAUAGCACAGGCUAUGGAUACAAGUGUGUAUGUGACGUUGGCUAUCAGGGCAGUGGAGUGGCAUGUGUGGACACUGAUGAAUGCCAAACUGAUGUAUGCAAAGACAAUAAAACCCUUUGUGUUAACACUCCCGGGUCUUACAUGUGCAUCUGCAAACCAGGAUUCAAGUUCAACGACUCGAUCUGUAUAGAUAUUGAUGAAUGUUCCACUGGCAGCCAUAAUUGUCACCCCUUUGCAGAUUGUCUCAAUACAAUGGGCAGUUUUCAAUGCAAUUGUAAGAGUGGAUUUCAAGGGAAUGGAACCAGCUGCACAGGUAAAUAA